GUACAAUUCAUUAUCCUUUUGCUGGCAAGACAUCUUGUUUCUGUACUUGUUGGUGGAACAGACCAUUAUGCAUUCACACUUCUCACUGUUUUCAACAAAGAAACAGACCGAGACAUGGUCGUCUUGCUUGCAGCCAGAGCCUUGAGACUGGAGAACCAAGAUGCCAUUGAUACAGCCAUCGUUAAUAUGCUUACUGAUCCAAAGGAGGCCCGGCCAAAUCUCACAAAAGUACAUUUUCUGCCCUUCAAUCCCGUCGACAAGCAGACUGCAAUUACAUACAUUGAUUCUGACAGUAAUUGGUAUCGAGCUAGCAAAGGAGCUCCUGAACAGGUAUUUAUAGACUUUGAAUAACAACAGAAAAUGCUCCACAAAAUGCCUGUAAGAUUAUGGAUGGAAACUACAUUCACUGGAAAGCUUUAUACAAGGGCAACACAUGCACAGAGGAUUCCCAUAUCAGUUUUACUUGGAAACCUUACCUGUGGUUUGUUAAGCACAAGCUACUUUCCUACAACAAUUCUGUAUACGUGUGGUAAUCGUCCUGGAACUAGUCUUUGCUUAUGUAUGCUUGCCUGCUUGCAUACGCAUGGAGAAAGUGUUGAUUACUGAACUUUCAUCAUUCAUAUCUGAGCAAUGAUCUUGCUAGAUUUGAUUGUCAGUCAUCCAUCACCACUGGAUCCAACUGUUGAUUGUCACUUAUGCUUCUCAAGAACAGCUAAAUUUAUUUUUUCUUGCACAGUGCCAGAUGUUUGUCAUAUAUUAAGUUCUUAGGCACCCCAAUAUGCACAAUAACUCCGA